AGGUUAAGGUUUUAAAAAAAUUCCAUGCAUGUUCAUAACUAGAAAUACAUUAUAUAAUGUUAUUAUUAUUUUACAACAAUGUCUACCAAAGUCACAAUCGUUCCCCCGUUAUACAAGCGAAUUCUAUCCCGAUUUCCACAAAACUUCACGUUCUGUUUCGCCUAUGGUUCAGGUGUGAAAAAACAGCUUCAGAACAAACCUUCAGAGAAUAUGAUCGACUUGAUAUUUUGCGUCAACAACCCACAGUCCUGGCAUGAAGCUAAUUUAAGGACCAAUUCCUCACAUUACAGUGGGCUCAAACAUUUCGGGCAUAAUUUUGUGGCCAGAUAUCAGGAGAAUUUUGGUGCCAAAGUGUACUUCAACACCCUUAUUCCUUUCGACGAUUUUUAUAUCAAAUACGGGGUUGUUAGUACCAACGAUUUGGUUACAGACUUAUUAGAGUGGUCCGAUCUCUAUAUUGCUGGUAGAUUGCACAAGCCAGUGGAAAUAAUAAAGAAACCCUUAAGUUCAGAACUGGAAACUGCUCUGCAGCUCAACCUCCAGUCAGCAGUGCAUGCUGCAUUACUCAUUCUUCCAGAAUCCUUUACCGAAUAUGAAUUCUACCAUACCAUAUCAAACCUCAGUUACAGUGGAGACUUCCGCAUGACUUUUGGUGAAAACAAAAACAAAGUAAGUAAUAUAGUGAAACCACAGUUGCUAGGGUUUCGUAGCUUGUAUAGAACUUUUAUAUCGGCUCUGCCGGACUAUGUAGACUUUCCUGUACCUGCAGUCAUAGACCUCAAAGAAGAAGGAAACUUCCACAUAAGUAAAACUCAUGAUGUAAAUGAGUCUCCCGUAUUUUGCUCACAAGAUAUCAGUCCCUUAGCUAGGCUCUAUCACUUGAAUCAACUACCGCGAUGGCCUCAAAUGUCACUCACAAGAUUUUGGAAUAGGGGCACUUUGCGACAGGACACAGAAGAUGUGCUCAGGGCAAUAGCUUAUGAUCCAGAUUGUGGGCAAAUUGUGAAAGAGUGUGUUAGUGACAUUGUGUGGAAAUCUUCAGUGAGUCAAAGCCUCAAAGGCAUCCUCACUGCUGGACUUUUCAAAAGUGUGAAAUAUAGUAGUAAAAAAAUUAAAAAGAUGUUCGUGCAAUAAACGUUUAAUAUAUUGCUUUUUUGCAGACACUCCGGCAUGU